GUUGUGAAUAAUAUUACGCAAGUUGUGAAUAACGGCCCUACGAACGGCCCUACGCAUGUCGUAGAAAGGAUAGUAACCCAAACCAUUAUACAACAAGUUAUACAACCACCACCACCUGCUGAAGAGCAUUGGACGGAUAAAUUGGUUAAAAUAGUUGAGAAAGCGUUUCUUGAUAAUAUAGUUUUACAUAUUCCAAAUAUCGCAACAUUCUUCGUGUCAAUUUUAGUUUCUCAAGUUAUCACGACAAUUUAUUACGCUUAUAAUGUAUUUGGUAGAUUACAAAUGGAAUUACGUCAAGAAGUUCAGUUUACUCCUGAGGAAAGAGAAAUGUUGGCCUAUGAUGUACCUCAAACUGGUGCAGCGGCAAGUCUUAUAAGUACGGUAAUUUUAACUUUCGUAUUGACAAAUGUCUUGGUCGAAAAUCAAAUUCAAAGUUUAGAAUCAAUAUUAAUUACACAUUAA